UAAUAGUACGGUUGAAUCAUAUGAAGAAGAUGUUAGCUGGUGUUUGUGACCUCCUCUCGUGUUUAGCAUUGAAUUGGGCCAAACAGAAGGAUGGCACAGUGGGGUGCCAUAUUCUCAAUUAUUGUGGCUCUUACUGGAGCAGCACUUUUAGCUUCUAUGCACAAGAUCGAUGAAGGUCACACAGGAGUGUACUACAGGGGAGGAGCUCUCUUGACCACCACGAGUGGACCUGGUUUCCAUCUCAUGCUUCCAUUCAUCACCUCCUACAAGCCUGUUCAGACGACGUUGCAGACAGAUGAGGUGAAAAAUGUUCCUUGUGGCACUAGUGGUGGGGUGAUGAUCUACUUUGAUCGCAUAGAAGUUGUGAACUACCUUGUUCCCUCAGCAGUGUUUGACAUCGUGAAGAAUUUCACUGCGGAUUACGACAAAGCCUUAAUAUACAACAAGGUUCAUCACGAACUCAACCAGUUCUGCAGUGUUCACUCCCUGCAGGAGGUCUACAUCGGACUGUUUGACCAAAUCGACGAAAACCUGAAACUAACAUUGCAAGAAGAUCUAACAACCAUGGCACCAGGUCUCAUCAUUCAGGCAGUGCGUGUCACAAAGCCCAACAUCCCAGAGAGUAUCCGCAGAAACUACGAGCUCAUGGAGAGCGAGAAGACCAAGUUGCUGAUCUCCCAGCAGACGCAGAAGGUUGUGGAAAAAGAGGCCGAGACAGAAAGGAUCAAAGCUGUAAUUGAGGCUGAAAAAGUGGCCCAAGUGGCAGAGAUCAAGUUUGGACAAAAAGUCAUGGAAAAGGAAACUGAGAAAAAGAUCUCAGAAAUUGAAGAUGAGGCCUUCCUGGCACGACAGAGGGCCAGAGCAGAUGCCGAGUUCUACACUGCGCUGAAAGCAGCAGAGGCCAACAAGCUGAAGUUAACACCUGAAUAUCUGCAGCUGAUGAAGUACAAGGCCAUCGCCGCCAAUAGCAAAAUCUACUUUGGGAACGACAUACCCCACAUGUUCAUGGACUCCGCUGGCAGCUCAGUAAAGGCCACCGCUGCCCUGGAUCUUGCGGGAGAGCAGAUCUUGGAUGUGGAAUAGCGAGGAAGGUAUAUCGCGACCUAGAGGACAACCCAGUUUGGGGGCGUUGGACUUGAUGCUGGAGGGCAAUGACUCAAAACUGUGACGGGCAAUUUUACCCUCCAGCCCAAAGACACGCUGCCGACCAGGGUCCUUAAAAAAAAAAAAAAAAAAA